AUGGGCGCGCGGAAUGCCACAGACGGAGAUUCUCCGCCGGCUUCAUCGGACCUAGCCGACAGGCCAAAGUCGACUCACCGACGGGGCCUCAAAAGAAGCUCUGCGGCUUGCCAGCGAUGCCGCCGGCGGAAACAAAAGUGUGAUGGAAGUCUGCCGACGUGUGGACCUUGUUCACUUGCUGGGACAUCAUGCGUUCCAUCAGAGCGUCUCAUGGUGCGAGUAGAUCCCAACUGUGAAUGUGAACGGCUCCGAGGUCAGGUUAAGGACCUCCAAGACCAACUGAACGCUCUCCAAGCCCAGCAAAAUGUCCAAGCGACCUUUUUCGGCCAAGUCGGCAGCGAUGGACCAGAUUCCGAAGGGCUCGCGACCCUCGUCAGUCAAACCUCCCAGCGAGCAUCGGGAACACUUGACCCAGCGCGUGGCUUCUCGCCUGAAUCAGACACUUUCUAUCGCGGCCGUAUGCUCCUCCCAACCUUUACCAAGAACAGCACGGCGGACACUCCGAAUGCCAGCUUUCUGAGCAGUGCGUGGCACCUGUGGAAUGGCUUGGCUGAGGCAAGCCCACCCGGAGAUGCACCGGAUGCGAUGCAGCUAUCACUUGAUGACUACGACUCAGAGUUGGUAGAAAUCUUUUUUGCUCGUCGGUGGCCUCAAUUCCCUGUUCUUCACAAGCCAACGUUUAUGGAACGUCAUUUCAUACCAUUCUCAAAGGGAGAAUCCCACGACAAGCUGUCGUCGUUUCAAGUCAAUAUGGUGCUUGCAAUCGGAGCUUCCGAGCAAUCCCGUGCGAAGACCAGGCCGAAACCCUCACAUCAUCAAUUCUUCGAGGCCGCAGUCCGCGAUUUGGGCAGUGUCCUAGAAGCGAGCGACAUCAACUGCAUCCAGUGUCUGCUUCUGCUUUGCAUGUUUGGCAGGGAUGAACCGCAGCUAGUCAAUCUCUGGUACACUGCUGGUCUGGCUCUACGUCUCGCCGUGGGAAUUGAUCUCCAUCGUCACGAGACAGUGGCCAAUAAAUCUCUCAUCGACGCAGAAAUGUGCAAGAGGCUCUUUUGGAGCAUGUAUACGAUGGACAGGAGUAUCUCGAUCGCCAUGGGGCGUCCGCUCGGGAUACAAGACGCCGAUAUCACCAUGCCCCUUCCGCUUUGUAUAUCCGACGACAAACUCAGCAACCCCGAUGAGCCCUCUUUCAUCAACCCGAGUUCAAACGUGAAAGAUGUAUCCACAUUCCUCCACAUCGUUAGCCUUCGGCGUAUUAACACCGACAUAUACAAGGCACUACACUCGGCGGGAGAGACAAAUAUCGAGGGAUACAGUCUCGAGGCCAUUCGACAGGAGCAUUUUGGUCGACUCGGCCAUUGGUUGUCCUCGGCACCAAGAUACUUGGCCCCAACUUCGAUGUACCAGAUGACAGAGUGGUUUCAAAUUGCCUACCACCAGGCCAUAUUGAAUCUCUAUCGACCUUCACACGCAUCUCCGGUUGCAACGAUUGACGCUAUACGCCUCUGCGCGGACUCAUCCAUCAGCCUCAUCACCUGCUACAGCGCUCUAUAUGCCAAAAACAAAGUGACGUACACAUUCGUUGCUCUGAAUUCUCUGUUCAUGGCUGCUGUUACAAUGCUAUACAGUUUGCGUGCGAGCUUCACUCUCCGCCAGGAGUUGACCAAGGAAGUCGCCGAGUCUAACAUUCGUUCCUGCACGUCUCUGCUGACGGAUAUUUCCAACGGGCGGGCAGUCGGGCAGCGAAGUGCACAAAUUGUUACAAGGUUGGGGAAUGCAACGUUAGAAAUAUUUGACACGGCCCCAACACUGGGCAACGAGGUCGACACGGAAUUCAUGUUGUGGUUUGGAGUCAAGUCGCAAAAUCCUCCUGAGCCAGGGCAGCCUACGCCGAGCAUUGAUGUACCAUGGAACGACUUGUUUAAUCAGGGCUUUGAUCUCGGUGGGACGUUCUGCAAUGACUUUUUAUUAUAG